AUGUCAGCCAAUGUCGGUGAAUCAACCAGCGGUGGCAGCAGCAGCGAUGCAGCUGGGGGGAGCUUUGAAUGCAACAUAUGCUUUGAGCUGCCUCAAGAGCCAAUAGUGACUCUUUGCGGCCACCUUUUCUGCUGGCCAUGCCUUUACCGGUGGCUGCAUGUCCAUGCACAUUCACCAGAGUGCCCAGUGUGCAAGGCCCUUGUGGAGGAGGACAAGCUUGUUCCCCUUUAUGGACGUGGCAAGGAUCGUGUUGACCCAAGGUCAAAGAACAUGCCCGAGGGUGAGAUUCCUCACCGCCCAACUGGCCAGAGGCCUGCCACAGCCCCCCAGGCCGAUGCUAACAACAACUUUGCCAACGCCAAUGCAAAUGCGAAUCCAUGGUUCAUGGGCACAGGAGUCCCUUUGGCAAAUGCGCGGUGGGGGAAUUAUGCAUUCUCAGCUGCUUUCGGGGGACUAUUCCCUAUGCUUAGCUUCCAAGUUCAUGGGUUUCCAGAUGCUGCUGCCUAUGCGCAGCCUGCUGGGUUCCACUAUGGGUAUGGCCAUGGGCAUGGAUUCCAUGGCGGGCAUAUGGGACACGCCCAUGGCGUCCACCGACAAGCACCAUUGGGGCAACAGCAGCAGGCAGAUAUCUACCUGAAGGCCCUGCUCUUCAUGGUUGGAAUUCUAGUGAUUGCAAGCCUCCUUGCGUUUUGA